AAGCAGCGAUGUCAGGUAUGUCAAUGUCACGAGAUUUCUCGGAGUGCCGUACGCAAAGCCGCCGACUGGGAACCUUCGUUUCAAGAGGCCAGAGGCAAAAGACGUGAUGAGGUCAGAUUAUGACGCCACAAUCAACCCGCCGCUCUGUCCGCAAACGGUAGGCAUGGACUCUGCGGUUCGAUGGUUUAACGUCAGCGAAGAUUGCCUUUAUCUUAACAUAUUCGUCCCUGGAAGUAGUCCGUCAAACAUCUCUGUACUCGUGUGGAUCCAUGGCGGCUCGUUUUACUUCGGCGGCGCGUACUUCUACUCAGGCGAUAUCCUGUCUACAUUCGGAGAUAUCAUAGUUGUUGUUGUCCAAUACAGACUAAACGUGUUCGGCUUCCUUAGUGACGGUUCAUCGGGAUCAGGGAACAUGGGGCUUUGGGACCAGAGUCUCGCACUGAAGUGGGUGCAGCGAAAUAUCGCGGACUUUGGUGGGGACCCCUCCCGUAUUACCGUCGGUGGACAGUCUGCAGGCGCCGCAAGCGCCAUAUACCAAGCAAUGUUUCAACAGAAUAAAGGCAACUUUCGAAGAGUUAUCGCUCAAAGUGGGACGCCCGUCUCAAGUUUGAACUUUGCACUCCAGCGCAGUCCGCAAACAGUGUUUCAAAAGUUUGCUUAUGAGACAAACUGCAAUAAAGGUGGCAUGGACGCUGCUUAUGUUUGUAUGAAAGGAAAGCCAAUGAAUGAAUUGCUGUCCAUUGCCGAGAAAAUAGAUGACCUACUCCCAGUCGUAGAUGGAACAUUCAUAGAAAAAGAUCCUCAAAAUUUAACCCAGGAGACUUCCCCUUAUUUCCGUGACAUUGAUCUUCUUAUAGGAUCAACAAGCCUUGAUGGUUACUUAUUGUUUCAGACAAUUGGGCAACCCGCUUUGAUUAACAGUGGUAUAAACGUAGAUGAAGGCGUAUCAAAAAUAUUUUUUGAACGAGUUGUACUUCCAAUGUCCCUAAGUCAAAUCUCAACUAAGACCGCGUCGGCAGCCUUUAUUGCAUCUGCCAUCAGUGAGUACUCAACCUCCAGCGCCUCCGAUGAUGACCCUGUGCUUGUUCGUGGAAAAAUAAUUGAGUUUGCAACGGACAUGAUAUUCAGAGUGCCUGCAAUGAUCGUCGCUAACGCCCACAGUUCCGGCGAAUUUCCUGGGCGAACAUUUCUUUAUGAAUUCGACUAUACACCGUACUUCGCUGUAAUUGACGUCCGCCCAUACUGGCUAAAGGGGGCCAAACAUAGCGACGAUGUUGGAUUUGUGUUUGGGUUUGUCGACAAUCUGAAGGUGUUACUAGGCUUAUCGCCUAACGUUGUGAUACCAGUUCCUGUUCCGGAUAAAGACAGGGCCUUGUCUGAAGCCAUGAUGACACUGUGGGCAGAGUUCGUAAAAAAGGGAGACCCUAAUCCAGCAAGUGCUCAGCACGAGUGGCCCGAAUACAGUUCUUCUAGCGGAGCGUUCUUCAGUUUUAACCCGAAUACAACGACGUCAGACACUGUCCAGCAUCAUCUCGUCACACCAUCACGUGUGAACUUCUGGGAAAAGACCGUCCCCUGCUUUAUUCGACUCGGGGCAGAAGGCACCUGCGAAAAGUGCAACUGUUACGGAGGUGGCGGCGGGAUGGACUCGGCAGGGAGCAUCAGACCCAUAUACCCUCUUAUACUAACUGCUGUCGUAUUUGGUGUGCUUUGGGCGCAAUAAUCUACAUCUUAUACUUACUAAUAACGGCAAAAGAAGAUGAAAAUGGACACAGUUAUUACAUUAACAAAUAGUAUGUGUUUCUGUGUUUAUAGCAAACUUGGCCGAGUGAUAUUUCUGAAAACUUCUGAGUGCUGCUCCAAUAGUAAAGUAUUUUACAAAAUGGGCAAACGCCGCUAUUUUAAACCAACAACAGCAACAACAUCAUGGCUAGCUAUUAUAUUUUGGGUUACACGAAACACUAUUGUGUAUUUCUACAGUUUCCUUUUGUACACUUAGUAUAUCAUAAAAUUAUAUUUCUG